GAGACUUCCCUCAGUCCCGGCAAAACAUUCGCUAGAGCGCGCGCACACAGAGCGAGAGUGCUGGCUGCACAGACACUGCUACAGACAAGCAGUUGCAUUUCUGCAGCGGGACGACUGCUGUGGAUGUGUAAUUAAUAACAGCUUUGCGGAUACGAAACCCUGAUAUUAUUCACCCGUUUCAUUAAUAUAUCCUGAUAUUAACCUCUAAAAAUGUGUUUUUUGGAUACAAGAAGAUGCAGGUGUUUGGGAAAAACUAGUGAUCAUCCAAUUCGUAGCAAUACAAAGUCCCCCUUCCUUCUGCCAAGAAAUCCUCAAAGAAUAAACAAACUAUGAUGGCCAGCAAGCGAACCCUAGGCUACGUGGACCCUCUGGUCCAUAGCAAGGUCCCCCGUCUGGAGACGAGAGCUGACCAUGGGAUAGCUACCGGCUUGUGCAAUCCUGGAACUUACUCUCCUGAGUACAGUGGGACCUACUUCACCUACUGCCUAAAAGGCCAAGAUGGAGCUGACCUUCCUGUGCAAUGGAGUUCCCCAGGGGCUUACUUGCAGAAUGGAAGGAACUCCAUUGUCCACCCCUUGGCUGCUGAGAGGCCCCUUACCAAUGGUCUUGUAUUCAGGUCAGAGCCAGAGAUUGCUGGCCAGGCAUUCCAUACUGAGAAGAGUUCAUCUGUUUUGGUUCAAGACCGAAUUGCAAAUGAUAAAUGGGCAGAUUUUAUUGAAAGGCACGAGAACCUUACACACAGUCCCAAUGCCCCCGGACUCCAUGCUCCAAUGGCUCUAAGGAAGUUGGCAGUGGGAAAUGCCACUGGGUCCCCACAAUCUGAGCAUUCUGCGGUCCUGGCUGUCCCAAAGCCUGUCUACAGGAGUAGGGUGUGCUGCACAGACCCUGGGUGCAAAUCCAGAAUGUGCUUCAGCAUAGAUACUGGGGCUGACCGGGUUCCUGGAAGACCUUACGAGGGCGAAUGGACUUCAGGGUCGGGGCUCUGCUAUGCACCUCUGCCGCCCAUGGAAAAGAGGAACGGCUUGUUUGAACCAGGGGUUCUGCAGCUGGAGCAGGGAAAUGGCUGUAGACCACAUCCCAAGGAUGCUGGUCAUGGAGGUUACCCAAGUUCUAGGCAGCCAGGGGCAAUGAAGCUGCCCACUUUUGCAGAGCGAGACUAUAACAGCCUGCCAUAUGAUGGCCCCUCGCGGCCUUUGCCCAUUCCCCCCACCAAGAGUUAUCGCAGCAUACAGCCUGCUUCCAAAAUCUAUCACGACAUGUCACAGUCGCCUCCAAAGAACUACCAUGAAAUGCAGAGGGUGACGGUCUCUCACUCACACAUGCCUCCCCCAGUCUACCAACCGAGAUCUCCUGUUUCCAAAUACCCCCAGCUGCACCAGAGGCAUGUGUAUCUCUGUCCGCAGCGAGGUCUGAACAUUGAGAAAGCUGCAAGCUACAAAGAUUUGGGACUGCAGCUUAUGGGGGAUGCUUCUCCCAACCAGCCCAGUACAAGAAACGCAUAUCCUGCAACCUCAGAGCAAUAUCUUUUCCACACUCCCCCACCUCUAUAUAGCACAGUUUCAAUGCCCUAUUCAGUGGUUUCAGCAGGUGUUCGGAAUGCACCGUCACAAAGGGACUAUGAACUUCCUUAUUCGGGAUACAAAGUGCCGCUGAGCCCAGGGCAUAAGGUGAAUCUUCCUGACGCAUGUGGCACACACAUUCGAAUGGAUUUUGCUGAUUGUCCUGUGGAUUGCACUUCCCAAAAUCUCCAGGUAAUGCCACCACACAAUGAUCUUGGCAGGUACCGGCCAGCAACCAGUGCAUUCCAACCUGUUCGUGCAUCUUACAGGCUUGAAAAUCCAGCACAUAUUGUCCCGAAGGAUGCUUCUGUAGCACGGCAGACCAUGCAAGAAAAAACUUCAAAUAAUCUCCUGGAAGAUCAGUCUUUCUGUCGAAUUGGCCUUCACAAGGAAAGGAGUAUCGCUGCAGUGGGGAAAAAUAGAGGGGUCAUAGCAGAGCAUGGAGGUCAGAAGACUAAUAAUGAUGAUGAUGAUUAUAAUAAUAGUAGCAAACUAAGUAGUAAAGGGGGUGCAUGCAGUCCAAUUAUAAUUGACUCUCCCCCCAGGAGGGAACACAAAAGCAGCAGUGACCUCUAUGAAGUCACAGUCUCCAAGAGAAAUGAAGAAAAAAUGUCUGGGAAGGAAGACCAGAAAGCACAAGAUAGUGGCAAUACAGAUAAAUCUCUCUCUCCCUCCUCCCCCCUCAUGCCUGUUAUCAAUAACGUAUUCAGCUUGGCUCCGUACAAGGCCUACCUGGAAGCAUCAGGAAUAUUGUCUUUUCCAAAUAGCGAAAAAGAGGAAUCCUCUCCAUGUUCAAGGCAAAAAACAGAAAGGCAAGCGAGUGAAAGUUACUCAAAACAGGAAACUGAGAGGCCUGCUUCUAGGUCGUCCCCAAUAACUGGUAGAGAAGACUCUUGCAAAAGAGAGACAGAGGCCAAAAAUGAGGCUGCCGAGUGGGGAAAAAGAGAGAGCAAACAGGCUGUCUAUGACACCAGGCAGCCAACCGCCCAUUUUGAUUUAAAGGCUGACAAAAGCAACUUCAUGCAGCCAAACCUGGAUGGCCAUGUGGUCGAGGGAGAAAUGGUUGGUGGUGUGAGAAUGAAUAGUCAGGCUACUGUGCUGGAUCUCAGUGUCAAAAAACCUGGCAGCCAGAGCAACCCUUUAACAGACAACAUUAGUGACUAUAAAAUGGGGGAUAGAGCGAUAGUCCAUGAGAAAAGGGAGACACUGUGUAACUUGGAACGAAUUGAAAAGAGAGAUUUCCAAACUGUAGUUUCGACUCCCACAUCUGAGAGCCCUGUGAGCAGCAGUACAACCACUUUCAUGCACAAAAAAUUCCAAGUCCUUAAACCGGCCCCCACAAAGCUGGUUGUGACUCCACCUCUGCUGCAGAAUACGAACAAUGAACCAUCACCAACUGUCGAAAAACACCUUUCUGUCCAGUCCCUUAAGUUGCCCACUUUCAAGCUCAUCCUACCAGAUAUCAUUAAAACUGUUUCCCCUCGUGCACCGGAGGUGUCCCAUUCCUUGAGUGAGGCUGACAGCAGUGCAAAGACAAACAAGCAUUCUCACCGAUAUUUUAUGGAACUCCACCAGUCCCUCAACAGAUUGAUUGCCAACUCCAUGUCCCACACUCCUGAGGAAGAACUGAAGGGCCUAUUGGCCAAAAUGGAGGAGGACCAUGAAUCCAAAUCCUUACCAUCCAAGACGAAGAACAUCUCCCGUAUUCUGGAGGUCCUCAAAGACCCCCGGGGUAAGGAAGUGUGGCUAAAGUCUGGGGAGAUUGCAUCAGCCCUCAGCUGUAUCCUGUCUCAACUGGAGAUCUACAUUUACACCAAGAACUGCCCCUUCCCCCAUGUGAUUCGGGCAGGGACGAUUUUCAUCCCCAUGGUGGUGGUGAAGGAGACGCUGUUCCCACAGCUCCAGGGCUGCUACAUCGACCAGGUCCUGCAGGAGCACCGCGUGGAGCUCCGGCCCACCACCCUCUCUGAGGAGAGGCUGCUUACUCAGCUGCAGCAGCGCUGCUGCUCCUCCAAACUUAGGAGGCUCCUCUCCCUCAAGCAGCUUCCCACCAUCUACCCUGACCUGCUCAGCCUGUACUACCAUGACUGUGUCCACAAACACUUAGAUGCAGAGUUCCACAGUGGAUUGAAGAGAGAGUGGGGAGAACCUCCAGCAGAAAAGACCUUUGACCAAACAAUGAAAAGGGAGCAUUCACAAACUGGGCAUCAACUGCCUAACAAGAGAACACCAGGGGGGUUAAAGAGCAGAGAGAGAGGAGAAAUUAACUUCAAAAGGAAAAGAAAGGGCAGAAGAAAAAAUGGCUUAAACAGAACUUUUGUGGGGAAGGGAAAUGAGGAUUCAGAGCUUGAUUCAAACAAGGAGGUGAGGAGUGAUCCUGAAAACUCGACCAAUGCAGAAGAGUCUUGUCACAAGUGGGACAAGUCAGAAAUGUUAGAGAUCAAACUUGAGGAAGCUUCCUCUGAGGAGGUGGAGAUGCCUGAGGGCAAAACAGGAAUAUCUUUCUGUAACGAGCAGGAGGUGCCUGAUGUUAAACCACUAAGAGCAGAUCAGGAGGCCAGUAAGUCCCCAAUGGUAGUACAGAAGAGCUGCAGUGGCCUGGUUCUGAAGUUGAAACGGGUACUAUUUAAAAGAAAACCUGGGGGGAGAGGCCAAAAGUAUUGCCCAGAGCCAGACUCUAGAAUAAAGGGGCAGCUGAGUUCAAGAGGAGAAGAGGUGCAAGAACUCCAGCAUCCUCCCAACCCAGAGGAACCUCGGGGGAAAGUCCAGCCUGACGUCCCCCAGCAGAAGAAACGAGCGGCUGGUGCUGCAGAAACUCUGCGGCCCACACGCAGCACCUCCAAGGUCUUGCACCUUCGCAGCUCCAUGGUGCAAAUCAAAUUCCACCGCCUCCUGGCAGUGCACCGUAACUCACUACACCACAGUGCCCGCCGGAGGAGGAGAGGAGUGCGGCGACCGGCGGUCCAGAGAGUCAGGCCAGCCACGGAAAUCAACUACCCUGCCCUGGUGGGCAAGCGGAUCCGACACCUCUAUGAAGAGAAGGACAAGUCUGAGGUUUGGUACCAUGGCGUGGUGGUGCGAGUGCACGAGGAGCACAGCAACCCUUUAAAGACAGUCUAUGAGGUGCAAUAUGACAGUGAGCCGGAGUGGCAGUACUAUUUGGAGCUUCUUCAGGAUUAUAAGAAGGGGUGGCUGAAAGUGGAGGACUAAAGGACUAUUUUUGUGUAUUUUGUGUGUCUGUGUUUGUGUGAGUUAAGAGUUGGGACCCAACUUACCAUAUGUGCUGCAAAGUUCAGUUUAGAUAUUUUUGUUAUCUGCAUGCUGUGUUUGCAAAGCUACUUGCAGUGCUGUCAUUGCUUUGCUCUUGUGCAGCAGUGGAGGACCCAGGGGGUAGUGAAGAUGGACAGAACUGAAGCAGUGAGAACUUAAGGCUCACUGUGUGCUUCACCAGCAAACCCACUGCACAACAGCAAAGCAAUUCUGACACUCUUAGAAUUCAUUGUAGGGUAUUGGAAACAACUAAUGUGGGUUUGUGCAUUGGGAUGCAGUCUUGUUUUUAAAUGUUUGCCUGUAGUGUACAGUAGGAGUGAUUCUAGUAAAGGAGAUGCUAAAAACGUCAACUGGAGAAGUUCCCCCUAAUGGCCUUUUUUUUUUUUUACCCUUGAAACACCAUUAUAAGACUUCUUCAGAUUGGGGGUAUUGUAAUGUACAAAACCGUUUCCAUGGGUUUAAAAAAAAAACAACAAAAAAAAAAACUUUGAACUGAUGGAUAUCGCUGUCAUGAUAGUUUUAAAUGUUUAAGUGUUCCUAAAGAGUAUGCAGGGUGUAGUGCUGAAGAAAGACAUAUCACUGUGACCUGAAAGUUCUGUAUUUUGAAAAAUAGUUCCUCCACCAUGGAGGCAAAACAGAACUUUGUGAUCCUUUCCCUUUUUAUCAGUGCCCUUUGGAAUCGGCCGAUAGCAGCUAGCAGUUUGGCUUGCAGUUGCCUGUGUUUGUUGCUCUGGUUUCAAAGGUGAGGUGCUGAAGAGCAUAGCUGUGAGUGAGACUUUAGCAUGGCUCACACAGCUAAAAGUAAUUUUUAGCAGCUUUUCUUCUGUUCUUUUAAGCGUAACAGUUUAAAAGUUUAAACCUUUAAUCAACCUGGUUAUAUUUCUUCAUAGUGUGCUUUUUUAAAAAAAUAAAUAAAAUCAGUGGUAUUUUGAGGAAAGACGAUUCUGCGGAUGUGUUUCUCCAGGCCUGACAUUAACCCUUUGCAGUCCAUUUAUUCAGCGCCUGUCAGGCAUGUCAGGUUCAAUUUAUUUUCACACAAGCUAUUUAUUUUAGACGCGUUUUAAAAGUAUUUUUUAUUCACAGUAAAACCGAUUUAAAAGGCACUGCAUAUCAACAGGACACUCGGUACUGCAUCUCCAGCCCCGCCCCACCCCUUGUUCGAUGUAUUUAUAACAUAUCUCUUCAUAGUCGUGCAUACCGAUAAAUCAUCUCCUGAUCACUCGUUUUAUCACCAAACUCCUCAGUAAGCUAUCCAAAUCAUUAUUUCAUUACUAUAACAUCUCCAAAAGCUUGGCAAAUGUCUGCGAUAUUCUGUGAGCGCUGGAUGCGGAAGCAGCUAUCUUGUUUGUUUGUCUGUUAUGUCUGUGGUGAAGGGACUAUGCGUAUUGCUCAGAUCUGCCUCAGUUGUGUGUUAUGUGUUGUGGUGUGUGUGUGUGUGUGUGUUUUUUUUUUUGGCUUCCAUCGGCCUCACUCAGCCAUUGAAAGCUUUUCUCAGCUUUUUCCGGAGAAAAAACUACUAGGGACCUGUGCUUGACAUCUUUGUGAUGGUGUCGGACAUGGUCCGACAUCGGCCUGGAAAGGAAAAAUUGUAAUGUCGGACCUGGUCUGACAUAAGACCGCAAAGAUUGUUGUCGUGCUGCUGUUUGUUAGACUGAAAUGUUGUUUUAUGAUUGACGACUGGUUUCACAGACCCCAAUAAGCACUAGGGAUGGGCGCGUGUACUUGUUUAUUCGAAUAAUUGAUUAGAAAUGUGUUAAUUGUUUAGAAAAUUACUAAUUGUAUAAUCGGUCUUGUAUUGCAACAAAUAUACGUGGUCUGAACAGACCCAUUAACUAUGCUAAGCCUGCCGCUGCACCACAAGGUAUUACUAUAAAUACAUAUUACAUAAAUCAUUAUUUCUGUAAAUUCUCUAAAUUAUUCAAGCUCCUGAUAGAUGAAGAGGCAAUUUUUUAGAAUUGCAGAGUGAUACCAAUACCGUAGCUAAUAAAAUACAAGAGACUACAAAAUAGAGGUAUUUUACAAUGUGGUAUUGCAAGGCUCAAAGUUAACAUAUAUUUGGUGGCAUUUUGUUACCCAAAACUCUUAAUUUGCUACUGUUGUGUUUUGGUUUUUUUUUUUUAUGCAGUAGCAUUUUUCUGAUGCUUUGCUUUACGCAGCAGUUUAUAUGACCGACCCAGAGUGAACAUGUACAUAAUUAUCUGCGUUAGUUUUUUUUAAACACGUACAUUAUUAGUAUCUUGCCCCAUGUAGAUAAGCGCGAGGCCCACAAUGCAAAUUGUUUUGUACAGUGGAGUACAAAUACUUACGGUACCAGAACAACGUGGGUAGAAUUUCAAGGUGGGAAGUUUAUUUUAUAGACCAAAAGUAAAGUUAAAUAACUGUUAGAAACAUUACGAUUUUAUAAGAUAACAGGCAGUGUGUAUAAAAUGGUAAUUUAAUCUCUCAUGGAGAAUGGUGGCUCUGGUUUUGUUCGAAUGUUAACCCUGGUUUCAUCCUCGUUAAAAAUUAACACAUAAUAGGUAGAUAAUUAAUUAUUACUUUAUCAAAAUUCUGACUACGACAAAAAACAAAACAAGCGCAACUAGCUAGCUGUAACAUUACCAUGAUCCAAGUAACGGCUUCCUUGUUUUAUCAGUACAAAUAAGAUGAAAUACAAUCCUGAGGUGCAUUAAUUUAUCUGUUUUUUCAUUCUAUAGUAGAUUGUCACUACCUUGCGUAUUUCUCCUGUUUAACUAGUGAAAUGUGUGCAUACAGCAGUGUGGAGUAGUGGUUAGGGCUCUGGACUCUUGACUGGAGGGUCGUGGGUUCAAUCCCCAGUGGGGGACACUGCUGCUGUACCCUUGAGCAAGGUACUUUACCUAGAUUGCUCCAGUAAAAACCCAACUGUAUAAAUGGGUAAUUGUAUGUAAAAACAAUGUGAUAUCUUGUAACAAUUGUAAGUCGCCCUGGAUAAGGGCGUCUGCUAAGAAAUAAAUAAUAAUAAUAAUAAUAAUAAUACAGAUUUAUGAACAAGCCAGUUGGUAUAACACGUUGCAUGAAUCAUUUAAAUGUAGCGGUACCGUGCUGGAAUUAGCUUUCAUUUUCAAAACGGCUUGGUUGUAAUUGUAACUUUAUAAUUUGUAAGGUCAUACAGAAAUGCAGGAUUCGACGAUAAUGUGGCUAACUUCUAGCCCUGGGUAUUGUUGCCAGUCAUGGUAUAAUUAUUUAUACUUCAACUACUGUGGUUAAUAUUUAUAAGCAAGUCGAUAUCAAACGGGACAUGAACGAGAUUGCAGCCGAUAACUUGAGAUUCCAGUCUAAUGUUGAAAAAAGGUGACAAACAGUAAAAUUCACACUUUGCAUAAAAAGACUGAUUUACUUGAACAGCAUCGGGACACUUUUAGUAUAUGACAUUCAAUGAUUUAACAUUGGCUCUGUACAACAUUCAUGUAGCAAAACGUAGACCAGGACCUGGGGGUAUGAACUCUAUUUAAUGAGAUAUUACUUCAUGUGAAUAUGUAUGCAUACUGUACUUGUAUUACGAAAAGCUGCUGUCAUAAUUCUGUGAUUUUCUGUAAUUUUUUUACAGAUUGUUUUGGUUUUAUGUAAGCAUUGUUUUUGGCCAGUGGCACGUUGAUGUAAAGUACAAUAGUGUCAUUGUUUAGGUUGUGUAUUAGAUUAUUAAAAUAUACAGGAAUGCCCAUCCCUGCUAAGCACUAGUCUUGGACUACCAUGCCAAGGGUAACUUUAAGUAGUUCAAGGUUAGUGGAAAUCGAAGUAUGUGAAACCAGCUGAGAAUGGUUUAACCUGUGGCGCUUUUAAAACUGCUAGAACGAUACUAUAAAACACAUGGAAUACAUGCAAAGUCAUUUCAGAUUAAUCAGUGACUUUACCCCAAAGUUUAAUCUGCUCCAUUUUCAACUACGUACCGUUGAUUCCCAUUGAUUGAGCUCCCUUUAACAGCUGUCAGUGUGUAUUCUGUUAUUGCCUUCAAAAAACACUUCCUCCUACCUUAUGACACUUCAGAUGUAGGUCCCUUUUUACUAAGAUUUCUCUUUUGAGUAACCUUGAAUGGUUUGUUUUUAUUGGAAGUUAAAUGUGUUCACGUGUGUGGUUUGUGUGGUUUUUUUUUUUUUUUUUUCCCUCAGUCUCUUUAAUAUUACACAUUCCAUUCUGUUUGGAUAUACAUCUCCAAGUACAAUUGGAGAAAUCAUCUUUAUCAGCCGCUCUCUCCUGGUUGCUGAAACAGAUUUCUGUCAUUUCUUUGCUCACCAUUUGCUAGUUUCCAAUGUUGUCUGACUGGACAGAUUUUUCCUGGAAUACUCAAAAAACUGAACAGUUUUAUAUUGCUGUAGAGUCCUUAUUUUUGUACUUUAAGAUAGUGUUGAUGAUUUUUUUAAAGGUUUUAUUUAAAUCCAGAUUCUGUGAAUUUAGAAACGCUUCACACCCCAUAGCGAGGCUGUGGUUCUAGGAUCUAUACUGCUAGACCAGUGUUGUGUUUUAAACUGUUUGUACAAUAAGCUGUCCAAGUACAGUAUCUUCACUUUAAUUUAAGAUGUUGUACUUUUUAAUAAACCUUUUCCACAUAUACAAA